AUGCGCCGCACAACCCUCCGACCGACAACCCGCUUCCUCAGCACCGCCCGACCUCUCCGCAACGCCGCCGCAAAGCCCAACCCCCUCCGCAGCGCCGGCCCCGGCCCCAUGCCCAAAGAACAGUUCACGCAGGCUCGACGGUCGAUGACGCUCUCGGCGGCCGGGAUCGCGGCCUGCGCGGUCGCCAUGUAUGGUGUGAUUCAGCUGGAUUUGUUCGGCGUGGACGGAUCGAGCACGAAAGAAGGACAGGAGGGACAGACGACGCAGACGCAGACGCAGACGCAGUCCGGGGCUAUGAAGCUCGACGGCCCGGACGGGUUCAAUCCCAGCCCAUCGGUGAUCCGGAUCCAAGGACAAGACGGGGUCGAGCAGGUCGAGACGGGAACGAGUUCUGUACCGCAGUUCCCGAGCACGAUCCGCCUACCGAAGCGGUUGGAUGCGAAGGCGCUGAAGCCAGGCGACGAGGUACCCGUGGAAGGCACGCCCGUUGUCGCGGACGACGGGGCCGAGGAGGAGAAAGGGGAAGAGACGUAUCAGCUGCUUGGGCUGGGGAUUCGCACGGUGUCGUUCCUGCGGAUCCAGGUCUACGUGGUCGGCAUGUAUGUGGCGACGGCGGAUCUGCCGGAGUUGCAGCAGCGGUUGGUACGCACGGCUGUGAAGCCGCCGGGCGAGGCCCAGGUCAUUGAUGUCCCUGGUGCCACGUCUGCUACGUCGCUGGUCUCGACGGAACGGCAGCAGCUGCGCGAGUUGCUGCUGGAUCCGGAGCGUGGUGACGCUGCGUGGGAUGCCAUUCUGAAGACGGAUGGCCUGCGCACGGCGUUCCGCAUCGUGCCGACGCGCAACACUGACUUCCUGCAUCUGAGGGAUGGAUGGGUGCGUGGUAUCACGGGCCGGGCGCAGCAGGCGAGCGCGAAGGCGCGCGAGGCCCAGCAGCAACAGCAACAAGGGGGACAGAAGACGCAGCAGCAGCAGCAGCCUGUGGGCGAGUUCGAGGACGAGACAUUCGGCGCAGCGAUGAACGACUUCAAGGGACUGUUUGGUGGCGGACAGCGCAAGAACGUGCCCAAGGGCCAGACGCUGCUUCUGGUGCGGAACGCGCAAGGGCAACUGGAUGCGCUAUUCUACCCGGAGGCGAAGAAGCCGGCGCGGUUCCUGGGCCGGGUGCAGGACGAGCGCAUCAGUCGGCUGGUAUGGUUGAAUUAUCUGGCAGGGAAGAACGUGUCGAGCGAGGGAGCGCGACAGAGUGUGGUGGACGGGGUGAUGGGGAUUGUGGAACGGCCGGUGGGAACGGUGGUGCAGAAGGUUGUUUGA